AUGCUGGGCUGGCUGCAGCCUGAGUCUCUGGGCCUGUUGUUAAAGGCAGAGACCACCAGCUUGGCGGAGCUUGUGAGUGGGGCCUUCCCUGAGGCGGGGGACAGCCCCAGGUGGGUGCGGCCGGCCUUCGGCUCCCACCAGGAGCGGCAGCUGUGCCAACAGAUCCACUCCACUGCCGCCAGCAUCCAGCCCUUCCGGGAGAAGGGGCCAGGCCUGGCCGCACUCCUCUGGCGAGCCCCGGGGAGCUGGGCCGCAGAGCUGGGCCCGGGCUGGAAACCCCUGCACGUUCCUGUCCCCUGCCCUGUCCUGGGCCGGAGGGCAGGGCUGACGGGGGACGGGGGGGACGGGACUGGCUGUGAUCCAGGCUCACACAAUGGUGUCCGCACUCAGGACUUCCCCACUGGCAGCCUGAACAGCCUGGAGAGCCUGGACGUGCAGGCCUUGCGCAACAGCACCGCCCUGGAGACCCAGAGCUCCGACCUCCUCAGCUACCUGCAAGGCAGCUGCACCCCGGAGUCCUACCUCCUGAGCACCCAGCAGGAGUGGCUCUCCCUGCGGCUGCACAGCACACGGCGCUGGAGGGUGCCCAGCCUGCCCUGCACCAAGAGCGGGCGGCGGCGCGGAGCAGCGAGGCGCAGCGGAGCUUUCGGGCUCGGGCUUCCGGCGGGAAUCAGGUGCAUCGCGCCCGCUUGGAAGCUGCCGACUAGCGGCCAUGGUCGGGUCAGGUCCAGCCCCGCCCAGGCCACGGGCCAGGCAGGCUCAGAGGACGAGGCUCUGGAGGAGGAGCUGAUGGAUGGCGACGGGUCCCGCCCCUGGACCCCACAGGAGAAGGCCCUGCACGAAGCUCGGCUCAAGGCCAAGGCCAAGCGGCGCCUGCGGCGCACCUCGUCCCGGGACUCCACCCGGGAGCCGGCCCCCGAGGGGGGGGAGCCCAGCCCCGACCCCAGCAGCCCCAAGGGCAAGACCAACGACAGGAAGUCGCGCAUCGGCAAGGGCCGUGGGCUCCCCAAGAAAGGUGAGGUGCAGCUGCCCAGUGCAGGCCCCCGGCCCCUCUGCUGCCUCGGGGCACACCCCUGCCUCACUGUGGAGGCUCCCUGCCCCCCCCACUUCCCUCCCUGCCCCUCCUGCUGCCUUGGGGCACACCCCUGCCUCACACAACCUACUCUGCCUGCAGGGCCAGGUCCUAGACGGGACGUGAACCAGUUGGACAACGUGUGGGGAGUGGGGGGCGGCCAGAGGCCCGUGAAGCAUCUCAUCAAAGAGAUGAACCUGCUGCUGCGUGAGUACCUGCUGUCCGGGGAGGUGUCGGAGGCAGAGCACUGCCUGCGGGAGCUGGAGGUCCCUCACUUCCAUCAUGAGCUGGUCUAUGAGGCUGCAGUGAUGGUGCUGGAGUCCACAGGCGAGACUCCUGUCAUCAUGAUGGUAAAACUGCUCAAAGUGCUGUGGGAGACGGGCCUGGUGACCCUGGACCAGAUGAACCGGGGCUUUCAGCGAGUCUAUGACGAGCUCGGAGACAUCAGCCUGGAUGUGCCCCUUGCUCACCGUAUCCUGGAGCGGCUGGUGGAUCUCUGCUUUGAGGAGGGAGUUAUCACCAAGCAGCUGAGAGACACCUGCCCAGCCAGGGGCCGGAAGCGAUUUGUGAGCGAGGGUGAUGGGGGGCAGAUCAAGCAGUAACUGGCCAUCUCAUCCCCCCCAGCCUGACAGUCCCCUGGAGGUGAUUGAUGUCCCCCAGCUCUGGAGUUCCUCCUUGUCUGUCUCCAACUGGGAACGGUGCCAGGGAACCACCCAGCCCCCAGAGGGGGCGGUGCAGAGGCUGUGAUGGAUCUUGGGGGGGAGGUGGGGUGGGGUCCAGGAGCAGGGAGGGGGCUGGUGGGCUGAUCUCCCAGCUGGGGCUGCCCUGGAGCUGGAAGGGAGGGCUGGACGCAGCUGCAGGACUCUUGCCCCCUCCACCUCCCUGCAGCCCCAGCUGGGAGAUGCCCCUCCCUCGCCUAGUGGGGCUGUGUCUUAACAACCAUGCUGUGUCUGUGCCCCCGCCCCAAGCUUGGCUCCAUGCAGUGGGGUUAGCAAGAAGGCAUUUCCUCUCUCCCCUGCCCCAGCCUCCUAUGCUGGCUAGUGCAGGAAAGAGCCUGCUUCUUACUCUACCCCCAGGCGGGCGGGGGGAGCUCAGCUUGGGGGCUUUGGGAUUCCUUCCUUACCCACAAAGGAGCAACUGAGGUCACCCCACAUGUCAGUCCAGCUGAGGGGGCCUGGAGGCGCAGGCCUGGCUGUAACUCCAUCUGCAGCAUUCUCCCUGGCGCCCCCCUUCCCACCCCAGGGCGUGGCCUGCAGACUGGGCUGAGUAAGACCAGCCUGUCUUAGGGGAAGGCAGUGUGUCCUUACGCUGCCCCGAGAGCAGAGCUGGGGGCUUG